GACAUGACAAGUGAUAAAUUCUGCUUGAUUUGGUUUGAAGAAAAAAUUUGUGAUUAUUGCCCUUUUUUGAUUUUGUAUUUUUAUUAACAAAAUUUGAUUAUGUGUUCGUCGACACCUAUUGCCAAUGCCAAAACAGUUGCAUUGACGCGUAAAUAAAACAUCACGACUUUUGACUAUUCCAAACAGUAAAACGAAUCCGUUUCGAUUCAUUUAUAUUUCAAACAAAAAAAAAACAUAAAAUCGACAUAGGAUAGUAAAAUGUCUGACCGAAAACUUACGCUGAAGGAUUCAAAUGUAUUCGAAUUGAAGUCGGUGAUAAAGAAUUUUAAAACUAAAAGGUCGGCGUUCAUCGAAGACUCAAACAGCCAGUUGAAAUUGUGUCUUGUCGGUGAGGACAAUGAACUGAUCAUACGCCGAAGUCAUAAAGAAAAUUUCCUGAAAUUGGUCGACUUGAAGACAGUGUUGUGGUUUAAAAAUGCUAAGAAGUCCUUACAGGACAUAUGCUUCGAUCCAUCGGGAUCGGUGUUACUGGCGCUAUGCUACGACAACACUUUGCACACUGUUCCACUAAACUGGGUUAUGGACGGUACAGUUUCCUCGAACGAAUUUCAUUUCUCUCAGAACAAAAUCUCCACGUUCAUCAUACCGUUUGCCGGUCCACAUGAGUGUCCCAAUUCGCGGAAAUGCCCAAACAAUUCGUUUGACAAACAUGAUCCAGUCGUUUACAGUGCGGUGAGCAAAUUUUCAACCAGCGACAUAGCACGGAUGACCUCGACGAAUAGCGUGUAUAAUGCCUUCUAUUCCGCCGCCGAUGUGAUUGAAAAUAAUAAUUUGAACCGAGCGGAACCGCAUCCGACUGCUGGCAGUCAUGAAAGUGAAAAGAAUGCGAAUCCGUGUCCGUAUCCGACCAGUGUCGUUUGGUGGCAAACAUUGAAUCAGAAACAGUCCGCAAUCAUUGGAUAUUCGGACGGAUCCAUUUGUAUGGUUCGAUUGGAGCCGGAUUGUCCACUGAUUGCGAACACAAACAUUAGUCGGGGUGCGGUUGUGAAAAUGGUCAUUUGCAAAGACUCGACAAUGAACAAUGUGUCGCUGAUGAUCAAUUCGUCGCUGAAGGAGCAAUGGAAAUUGUUGUUAGAACAGAAGAGUAUCGGCUACGUGUAUCCGUGUGAAGUACCGACAAAAGACGGUAAACCGAACGAUAUUUCUACGGCUGAUACUGACGAUUGGCAGAUUGUUGUUCCGGUCAAUGAUGGUAAUGACGAUAAUAGAGACAAGAGAGAAAUGAGGGACACCGACAAUGCUAGCGAAACGGAUGGCAAUGAGAAUUAUGACGCAUCCUCGUCAUCUAGUGGAAUUUUACCAGCCACCCGGGCUCGGCUUGUAUCACUAAAAGAUUUCGGUGCCAAGAAAAUCGGUGCGCUGAGAUUGAAACUUGCUGAAAGUCGAAUCAAACAAACAGAAAAAGAAAAAUUCAAAGAACAACUGACCUCGUUCGCAAUCAUGAAUGUUCCAGCCAUGUUACCAGAAAUUCUAACCACGCCAUCGGGGCCUUUUUUUAUCGUACAAAACAUUCGUGAUUCGUAUUUGUUAAGUGCACUUCAUUCUUACAGUGAUACUCUAUCGGUUCAUAGUAUGAACAUCAGUUUAGUUCCGUUGGAUAUUUAUAAAAUACCGAAACAUUGUAGCGACGUUCUGGUAGCACAAAAUUUCUUGUACACAGUUCAACAUAUCACAACCGGAGUGAACGAAACACAGACCAGCCACGCAAUCGGUGUUGUGAGCGGCAAUUUUUCCAAUUUGAAUAUUUGCGAAGAGGCGGAUUUCGACGAGUCGUCAUACAUCGGAUACUUUCACCUGAAGGACGAACUGGUGGUUGACAUUCAUCGUGUCGUGCCGACGUCUAACGAAGCUGUGCCGGAAAACGCCACACAAAUGCCCAGUCCGGUAUGGUCGCAGGGUCAAAGUAAAAAAGGAAAAUUUUUGCAGAACUAUCGCAAGCACAUUAAGAAGAUGAGCGACGUUGACGAUGCCCUUCUGGAUGACGACAAUUUGAUGGAAUUUUCGUUUCCGCGGAUCGAAUUGGAUCAGUGCUUGGUGGUGACCGACAGAAAUGUUUAUUUUGUUGAACUUCGUCUGCCGCCGCACAAAUUAUUUAUUAAAAUGGCUAGAGACGGUCAAUGGCAUUUGUGCGAAGAAUUCUGCAAAGCGUUCAACAUCCACUACGAAAAUUGUGUGGAAUAUGCCGGUGAUGUAUUCCUUAAGUCGAAGAAGACCACUCAAGCGCUGUUGGCAUACAAUAAAGCAAGGAUUCCCCCAGUGAAAACAGCACUUAAGUUAGCUAUGUACAGUGAAAACGCUGCUCUGAUGCAAUUGUGUGCCAUGGCAUUGAAGAAUGUUUAUAUUGUAAAGAGUGCAUAUCCGGCUAGCAGUUUGAUCACUUAUUUGGGUCGAAUGGAAAUGCUAGACGAUGAUGAAUUGACUAAAAAUAAGUUCCAGAUGGCUUCCUCUAAACACUUAUCAACGGACGGUGUAAGGUGUAGCGAUUUUUCCUAUAAAAGUGACGAUCCCAUAUCGGACCUGCAACUGUCUAACUCAUCGCAAUUUCAUCUAUCUAAUUUGUUGCUGCUGACAUUGGUGGAACGAGCCAUAAAAGACAAGAAGUUUUUGCCGUUGUGGAAUUUUCUGGUCACAAACAAACGAUACCACACCAACAUGACCAGCAUUGUUCUCUGCCAGAGUGGUCUAUAUUCGUCGGCGGUUUUGCUAGCAUCGGCUAGAGGGGCGCACCUGGACGCAUUCUGUGGAUUGGUUGGAGUGUCGAACCAGGAAUUCGGUUGGUUCACUGAAUUGAACGAUAUUUUCAACAAUUUGGCGGAAGGAAUGUUUACCGAAUGCAUCGUUUAUUUGAAAGACAUUUCCAUGGACUAUUUCAAUGUGAUUCAAGCUAAAAUUUUGAAACUUAGGCUGACCGUGCUGAUGAAAAUAAAAGUUCAACUCAAUCCGUUCGGUCCCGUUUUUCGGCCAAUUGUUGCCCGAUUUGUCAGUAAUUUGGAGCAGACCGAAACGAUUGAGAAUCAGGAGUUCGUGAUAUUCUGUCGGCUAUUUAUCGAAACAUUCUUGAAAGUUUCGUUGAGACUCUACUCUAUGCAACACUCGGCUGACAAUAUCAACCGAUCCUUGAGGUCCAUCAACGUUCAUCACGAAUCGAAGGCGUUCGCGAUCACAAUUAAGAACAAUUCGCCACUGUCGGCUGGCUUCUCGCACUGUGUUUGCAUUGUUGAUGGCUUAGCAUACAUUUGGGGUUCGAAUGGGGUGAAUUGCAUCCUGAAUGAUACUUCCAAAGAACCGUCUGAGUCUUACAACUCACCGAAACCUCUUCAGUUCCUAUCAAAUUUGAAUUUAGAAGUACAUGCAGUUAGAUGUGGCCGAGUUCAUACGCUUUUACUCACCAAUAACGGGUUGUAUACAAUGGGCUCGAAUCAACAAGGACAGUUGGGCGUUGGCAAGGGCAUCCUCCAAUCACUCCAACCUCUUCUUGUGAAUUACUUAGAUGAACUAGACAUAAGCUUAAUCGAGGCCGGUCAAUAUCACAAUGCAGUUUUAGCCGAAGGAAAUUUGUACACUUGGGGUUGGGGUGUGUACGGGCAACUCGGACACGGUAACGUCGAAGAUGUCUUUAAGCCGCAAAUCGUUUCAUUUUUCGAGGACAAGAAUGUUGUCAGUAUCUCCCUAGGACACGCACAUUCACUUGUCUUAUGCACACCAUCGCCAAGUGUGAACACACCGACCACCCUAUACUCGUUCGGUUCGAAUCACUACGGACAAUUGGGUGUGGGACAAUAUUACGAGCUCGACAACAUCUCACCGGAAGUGCUCUCUAGAAGCUUAGUUCCUAUUGAAGUUUUUAUCAACCGCAACAUAAGACUGAUUCAUACCAAAUUCUUUACUAACUUUGUAGUCACCGAAAGCAAUGAAUUGUUGACGUUCGGACAAUCGCCGCAAGCUUUACGAAUGCAAUAUCAGGCACGAAAACGCGCCCGAACCUUACAGAAACAAGAAGAAUGCCAAGAACGACGAACAGCUUCACCCGUUCGACAGCAGCAAAAGGAUAGUGUGUUUGACGAUUCUGACGUCAAAUUGGAUCAAACAACUGCAGAUUCGAAAACGUUAGAGCUUCGCUCCGAAAAGGACUGCAAGUCGGAGGAGAAUCAAAAGAUGUCGGAAAAGCGCAGAAGUUUAAGUGAAAGUGAAAUUCACAAAACGGCAAACGACAGCGAAUUUGGCAGUCAACAGAAGACGGAACACAAUGCGAAUAAGCAGCCGUCGCUUGAGGAGGAAAGUUCCGAGCAUUACUAUCCCACGUUAGUGGACACACAGUCAGUGGAGGGAGUUGUAACGAAUAUUUCCAGUGGCCUGUACCAUCACGCCUUCAUAACCGACCGCCAGUCUCUGUAUGUGUGGGGAAAAAAUUUGGAAAAGCAAUUGGGAGUGGAAAAGUCUCAAUUCGAAUUCACAUCUCCCAAUCAUCUGAAUACUGUUGGACCCGCGAUUCAUGUUGAAUGUGGUGCAGAUUUUACCUUAGUCAUGUUGACCGAUUACUCUGUGAAAGCAUUUGGUAACAACAACAACGGACAGUGUGGUCGUGAUAACGUUGCCGACAAGCCUGCCGCCGCUGGUCGAUUGGUGAGACUUCGAGUGUCCAAGAGAGUAGUUCGUAUUCCCGACCAAAGCCAAUGUUUCGAAUCACCCGUUGAUGUUAGCCUACCGAAGCCGAAAAUCACCAUGGACUUCACGCCAACGCGGUACCUUAAAUGCUUGCCUAUGUACCGACCGCACUACGUUGAAAAAUGUGACGUGAUGAAGGAAGACGAAGAUCGAUAUAAGGGACUAUCGGCGGCGCAGAACGAUCAAAGCGAGUUCAUCCAUUAUUGUUUGGCGCUGUACCACGGCCUGUACGAUUCACGGACUAUAUUGGACGCAUGCGAGCGGAAAGAAUUUAAAAUUCGCAUUUUGAUGCUCAACUAUCAUAUCAGGAACGCAUUCACUAUUUGCAUGGCAGAAACGCGAAAUGUUCGUCACUCGACCGAGGUGUUCGAAUAUUUCACGAAAGAUGCAAACGUUGUGCCGAUAAAUCGUCAAGACUUGAAAUACUUUAUUUACGAGCUGUUCAUGCAUGUCAUCAAUAACAGCUUUUCGGUGGAAGAGGUGGAAGCAUUUUUCCUGAAAGAUUUGGAUCAUUAUCUGUUCGGGCUGGCCCAUGUUCUGUUUUUCAACAACAACAACAGCAAACUCGAACGGCAGGUGUACGAAAAAUAUUAUUGUUUGUUUGGCGGCGAUUUGGAGGCGACGGCUGAUUCGCCGGAAGCGUUUGACAAGUCCGAGGAAAUAUUCAAAAAUUGCUCGGUCUUAUUCAAAACGACCAUUUGCCAAAGAAUCAUUGACUAUGACAAUUUUACCUAGAAAGGAACAGCCUAGUCGUAGUCCGAAAUUCAGUCCAAGUUUAACAUUCGUUGCCCGCAUCAAGCUCAUUUAUUGGCGAUCGUUUUUUUUAAUGUCCCAUUCAAACGUCAUAUCAAAUGAAUUGAGUGGCAGGUCAAAUCUUUCGUGCAAGAAAUUUCAAACCGAUGAAUUUUCAAAAAAAAAAAUAAUAAUAAGAAAUUGCCGGUCAAGUAUACUGCUUUUUGAGCCAAACCCACGCGGAAAGGAAAUUUGAUUUUUUUCUCGAAUCAAAAAUUUUCUUCUGGGUGUCUCCUCUCCAUUGAAAAUCCAAUUCACCGCGUUUUCGGCCAUACAUUUCUUUUGUUA